GCCGCGGCCCGCGAUCGAUCGUGGACCACUCCGACUUCUCGCCGCUUCACUCGCUGUCAUCUCCGCACCGAUUCGAACGUCCGCGAUGCUCUAAUUUUUUUUAAUUUAGUGUAGUGUUAUGUGUUAGUUAGUCAGGAUGGACGGGCGGAGGAACUGGGACGGGGUGCCGCUGGGGGAGGCGCACUCGCCGCCGCAGUCGGUGCCGGGGCGCCGGACGCCGCUGGGGGCGGUCGGCCUGGGGGGCUUCUACAUGCAGGGCGGCCAGCCUCCGCCGCCGCAGCACUGCUACCCCACCGACGAGAACCAGCCCGAGCCCGGCACCAGCUACGGACAGAGGUCACAUGGAGAUGGCAAAUCCAAACAGAAGAUGCGCCAGGGCAAAAAUGUUAGACUAAACAUAAACGCCAGGGAGAGGAGAAGAAUGCACGACUUGAACGACGCCCUCGACGAACUGCGAGGGGUAAUACCGUACGCGCACUCGCCCUCCGUCCGCAAGCUGUCCAAGAUAGCAACGCUGCUGCUGGCCAAGAACUACAUCCUCAUGCAGGCCAGCGCUCUGGAAGAACUGAGGAGGUUGGUCGCGUACCUCCAGGGCACCGCCACAGCAGCCGGCAUAGUUCCUCCGCCAGGGUUCGACCUGACGAGCUUCCCCGCGGCGGCCAAGCUGCUGCAGCCCCCCGCCACCGGCCCGCCGCCACCCCCCGACCCACCCUCCUGAGAACCGCCCAUCAAAACCGAGCCCUGAGGUCCUAGAACUAUGGAAAAUAUAUUUACUACCUAAGUAAUAAGUUCGCAAUAAGAAUUUUGAAGGCUAACGUGUAAGGAAUUUUAGGAUCGAAAUGUAACUUAGGUGGUUCUAUUCCGUCAUUAGAAAUACAAGUGUCGUUUAAAAAUUAAUUGAAUUAUUAAAAUUAGCGUAUGUUUUAAUGUCGAAUAUGUCUUAGCAUUAAAUAAGAUCUGGUUUGGUCACUUUUGCCAACAUUAAAAUUUUAUUUCACAAGUAUGUAGUACAUACACUUGUGUAAAGAAGGAAAAAAGAAAAGUAGACUCAGCUCCUUAAGACUGCCAGAGUAUUUGUGGUGAAUGCUAAAUUAGCUUCUUAUGAACAUUAGUAGUUAUUUAAUAUUCAAUAUGACUUAGGUAACAAACCAAUGUCAUGUAAGCUUCAAUUUCUACUAAAUAACAAAUAAGUUGAAAAUUAUUAUGAUUGCUCAAUUUUCAUGCUAUGUUAGUAAACCUUCAAUUUACACGAAUAUAAAUAUAUGUUUAAGAAAAGAUUUAUUUGCAAUCAACUAUAAGUUAGAUAAGUUUAGUUGUAAACCCUGCCCGUCUACAUAAUAUUAUUGUAGUGUCUACAACAUAAAAUUAUGUGUUACGAGUCGUAACUUACGACAUAACAAUAUUAUAAUUAUGAUUUAUGUAAAUAGGUACUUAGUAUCAUGGUAUUUCGUAAUGAGAUUUGAUAUUAUUAUAGAAAAUGAUUUAUUUAUGUUUAUUUAAAUAUUUACUGGAAAGAUUCGAUUCUGUUAUGAAAUAAUAUGUCUUAUUAAUUGUGAUUUUGUAAUGAAACUAUUUCAAGAAGAUAAUAUUAAGCUGAAGUAGCGGAAUCCAUUGGUUGGAUGAAAAUGUAGAGUCCCGACUCGUGAGUCAGAGAGUCAUUUGAGUGAAUACAUACGUAUUUUCUAAGUUUUUAAGAAAUCUUUUUGUUUGGUAAAUAUCUCAUUAUUUAGACUGUGGUAGUUGUAAUUUAGAAUUAUCCUAACCUUCUUUCUUAAGAAGGCAAACUGUGAAUGUAUGUGCCAAAUUAAUGUAGAGUUUAAGUAUAAAUUAAAUUCGUACUUAUAUUUAAUUAAGUAAAUCGAGUAUUAUAGGUUGUGUUUCGAUAUAACGUAUAUUAUAAGGAUAUAUUGCGUCUCUACUAAAUAAACUUUGUGUAAAAGUUUCAUUACUUAGACACACCUACUGAAAUUACGCCAUUAUUGGUAAGAUAAGAAUUAGUAAAAGUGUAAGCCAAAGUAAUGUGAUUGUUUGUAGCAAUAAUGAAAAUAUUAUAUAGAGGUAUCUACUAUCUAUGUGAAUUUAA